AAGAAUUGCAGCUGAAGAACAAAAACAAAUAAAAACAGUUGUUAUCUUGGGAGUGGUGUGAUUUGAGAAGUAUACAAAAAAUGGACAAGGAUAAGUUAAUUGUGCCCAACCAAAUUGGUUACUUGAUACUCAAAGAUGAUGGCGCCGUGCUGGAAUCAGGCGGCGAACUGAAGAAUGAUGAGCGGAGCGCCGAUGUUAUUAUGGGUUUACUAAAUUUAACCGAAAGCAUCGAUGAGAACUUUAUGCCCAACAGCAGCUGUGAGCGCAUUACAAUUGAUUAUGAGCAUCACAGCUAUACAAUUUGCAUGUCCAAUCGUCGCAUUUAUAUUGUGAAAUUAAGCAAACUUCACAACGGAGCCACAACGAGUUCAUCGUCCUCGACUAGCGUGUAUAAUGAUGCCACCGAGGGCAGCAACACCAAUGUGGCCAGUACGAGUAGCAACACAGUGAUGGCUUGAAAGAAAGAGACGCAGUUCAGCGCCUGUUGUCGCUUCUGCCACGCGGCGGAGACGAGAAACAGGCAUUACAAUUGGAAAACGCCCUUUAUUUAUCUGAUCUUGCUGUUUAUUUGUCAAAAAAUACAUCAUCUGUGAGCUCUUGUUCAAAUAUACGCUUCGCUUCCUGCGUCA